AUGAAGGUCUUAAACAAGUUCUCUAUGAAGAACUGUAAGCCAACAAGCACACCAAUGGCUGUUGGUAUGAAGCUAUCGAGGCAGGGCAGUGGUGAACCAGUUUGUGAGACAAUGUACAAGAGUUUCAUUGGUAGUCUGCUGUAUUUGACUGCAACAAGGCCUGACAUUAUGUUUGCUGUUAGUAUGCUAUCUAGAUUCAUGAAUUGCUACAAUAAUCAGCACUUUCAAGCAGCUAAAAGAGUGCUGAGGUACAUCAAAGGCACCAUUGAUCAUGGUGUGUUGUUCAAAAAGGCUGAAAACAUGAAGCUGACAGGCUAUGUUGAUAGUGACUGGGCUGGAUCAUGUGAUGAUAUGAGGAGUACAUCUGGAUAUGCAUUUAGCCUUGGCUUAGGCAUGUUUUGCUGGAGCUCUAAGAAGCAGAGUCUAGUAGCACAAUCAACAGUAGAAGCUGAAUACGUUACUGUUGCAUCUGCUGUGAAUCAAGCCAUAUGGCGUAGAAAAAUCUUGGCUGAUUUAAACCAAAAUCAAGAAUGA